AUGCUGCUGGAGAAGCUGUCGGCGCUGGCAGCCUGGCUGGGCGGCGGCGAACAAAGUCAGGGCCAGACCUCGCCCAGCUACUUCACGGCCGCGGCAUGGAAGAGAGCUGCUAACACCGUGCUGGCUGCCAACUAUAUCUGCUCAGCAGGCGCCCGCUCGCACACCAUGUGCGGCUUCGAGCUGGGGGAGCGGCUCGGGAUGGACCGGCUGCGGAGGAGGCUGCGCUUGCCGCCGCUGCGCGCCGCCCGCGUCAGGCCCCUGUUCGCCCGCCCGGCGGAGCACUUCGAGCAGCAUGUGCACAGAGCUCGGGAGGCGCUGCUGUCCAAAAUAGACCGCGUGCGACCCAAGUGGCGGCCGCGGUCCUCCUCGCUGCCCGGGGGCCGCUCGUCCUCGGACCGGACGAGCACGGCGGCGGCGGCGGCCGGCCAGAGCGUGUCCAGCGUCGAUCUGACGCGCCCCGAGCCGCCGCAGCCGGACCUGCAGCCGGCGCACUCCACCGUCUCCGUCGAGACGUCGCACACCUUCCGCUACCGGCGACCAGAGAGCUACGAGAACAUCCUGCUGACCGAGCGGCGGCGAUGUCGCUCCGAGAUCUCGCUCGACUCCGGCGACGAGGUGCUGGCGCGCCUGCGUGCCAUGGACCGCGCGCGCGGCUUCGGCCGCCUCCAGCCCGACCUCAGCCUGCCGACCGCGCGGCCCGUGGAGGUGGUGCGCCCGAUGCGCGGCCGUAAGACGCCGCCGCCGCGGCCGCCGCCGCCCAAGCUGGAGCCGUUGCGCGCCGCGUCCGUGGCUUCGCUGCACGCGCCGCUGCCAACCGUGCAGGAGGAGAGACCGGGCGCGGCGCCGGCGCGGCGGCCGGACGCGAACCACAGCGCUCCGCAGUCGCCACUGAAGAGCCCCGCACAGAGGCUACAGUACCGCGAGCCGCUGGGCGCGCCGAGCGACCUGUCGGACGCGUCGACGCCGGUGGCGCGGCGCCGCGAGAGCGAAGGCGCGCCCUCGUCGCCCAAGAGCUCCGGCUACGACUCGGCUGGCAGCCCGGGGCCGCCGCGCACGCUCGGCGCGUCCGUUUUCUACACGCUGCCGCCGGGCCCCACGCCGCCGCCGCGCACCCUGCGUCGCCGCAAGCGUCCGCGCAUCACCGCACCCAGCAACCGCACCAGCGUGUUCAGGGAGGCGUUUCAGUCGAGCAUCCGCAACCCAGAGGGGUCGGCCCUGGGCCAGAUCGGAGACGGCCAGACGUGGCUCCAGACGUCCGGCGCGCCGCUCGCCGCCGCCAAUGAGCUGCUUGAGAUCGGUGUCGCCAUCUCUGCCGGGACUUAUUACAAGCAAGGAGUGCAGGAUGUGGACAACGGCUUCUUCGAGAACUUUGCGCAGCUGCCGCGCCGCCAGGAGCUACUGCAGCAGACGUCGCUCGAUCAGGCCGAGGAGUCACUCCGGGACCUGGUGGUGCCGCUCUCCUUCACAGACGGGGCCGUACACCUCCGCCAGGACGAGGCCAUCACCCCAGAGCAGGCGGAGGAACUGUAUGUGGAAGCGUUGUACGCGGCCUACCACCCUAUCGGCUGUGACGCCCCGGACGCGGAUCAGGUCAAGGAGAUCGAGCAGCUGCUUCGUGACAUUUUUCACCCCAGCGAGGAGCAGCAGGAGGCCUGCCUGCAGAAGCUGGAGAACCUUGGGUCGCCGGACAUCUGCCUCAACUGCACGGUGCUGGGUGCCAAGGGUCUCAAGGCGAAGGACGUCAAUGGGCUGAGUGACCCAUACUGCAUGCUCUUCAUCAACAACGAGGAGCGGCGAGAGACUCACGUUUGCCAGCGCACGCUGAACCCCGUCUGGAACGAUACGUUCAAGCUAGCCCUCAGCAAUCCGGCCACAGACGUGCUUAAAGUCGAGGUGUGGGACUUCGACAUGGACGAGAAUCUGAAGCAGCGCAUCGGCAAGUUUAGUGAAAUCAAAGAUCUGAAGGGCAUGACCCGCUAUAUGAAGGAGGUUACCAAGGGGAAAACCCAUGACUCCCUCGGCCACGUGCAGAUCCAACUGAAGGAGGUGCCGGCGCUGGGCGUGGAGCAGUCGUACAAGCUGCAGCGCCGCGCGCGGGAGCUGACCUCCAAGGAGCGGCCCGGUCGGGCCGAGAAGGACCGUGGCACCGUCCAGCUGCGCCUGCGCUACCACAACGUGCGCCUCCAGCAGCGCGCCGACCACGUGCGCCGCCACGAGCGGCUGCAGCUGGCCGUGGUGGGCGCUGCGCGGCGCCAGUACAGCGACUCGCCUUACACAUGGCACGAGCAGCUGCUACCGGCCGCCGCGCGCUCGCUGCUCACCCAGCAUGCCGCCUGGGGCAACAUGAGCCGCGCCGAAAUGCUGGUGGCCGCCUGGUCCGCCUACGCUGAGGUGCACUGCACCGCGCCGCUCAACUACAAGUUUCUCUUCGGCACGCUGCAGAGCGUGAAGCAGUGCCUGCUGGAGGGCGGUGCCACAGCCAGCGAUGUGACGCGGUUCCUGGACACAUUCCAGCGGUUCACGGACCACUGCUACGAGACGAUCCACAUGCACCGGCAUCUGUUCAGCUCCCAGGGCCCGGCCGGCUUCUACAGCAUCGAGUACCUGCUCAGGUGCUUGGUGCUGCUGUCCGAGUUCCCGGAGCUGAUCAAGAAGACGGCCGAGAAGCUGGAGACGCCGAUGCCGCUCAUCUCCAACGAGGAGAAGGCGUGCAACCCCAAGCGGCAUGUGCUCACAGCGCUGCGCCACGGCAACGAGGACUGGUACAGACACGUCUACGCCUCGACCAAGAAGGAGAGCGAGGACCAGCCGGGGCAGGACGCCCGUUGCCAGAGCCUAAUCCUGCUCAUCAACAUGCUGUAUAACGACGUCAAGCGAGGCCUAGAGAGCUACAACCAGAUCUUCAGUCGCAUUCUGGGCAUCAACUACUUCUCCAUAGCGUACCUGCAGUUCGCAGAGAAGCUGGAGCAGGAGAUCGGCCCGAUCGUAGCCGAGAUCUCGCGCUCGCUGCCCACUGUGGAGUACAAGGAGGGCGCCACCCAGAACCUCUCAUCGCCUGAGGGGCUCGAUAUGGGCACUUCGCUCUUCGAGCUGUACCUGGCCGUCCAGCUGUUCACCAGUCUGCGAGAGAAGCUGCCCGAGACGGAAGUGGAAGGCGAGGAGUCGCCCCUGCAGAACGCGUACCUGUGGUUCGCCGGAGCCGUCAAUCGGUGGCUGGACAUAGCCUGCUACAAGGCCAUGCAUCGCAUCAAGCGUGCGAUAGAGCUGGACCAGGCCAGACAGGUGCACACGUUCGUGAACCACAGCAGCUCGGCCGUGGACACUGUGGCUGUGUUCUAUCAGAUCAAGACGUUCUGGAAGCAGCUCAGUUGGCCGGACGCCAUCAGCUCGUACGGCUUUGUCACCAAGGUUCUGGACGACAUCACCAGGAGCGCCACCUUCUACGUGGCGCAGAUGCACCGGCACCUGAAGGCAUGCGGCUACUUCUGCGCCGCCCGGCCUUUCAGCUUCACCCAGGAGCUGUGCCUGGCUCUGAACAACGUGGAGUUCGUGCGCGAACAGAUCCAUCCGCUGCCUAACGAGCUCGGCUUCGAAACAGUGUUCUCGGCCAUGGAGGAGCAGCUCGGCUCGCAGGGUACCAUCCAGUGCCGGAUGACGCUGCAGAACGUCAUCGAUCAGGCCAUCGAGGACAUGGAGCAUGGCAUCAGCGACAUGGUGGACGGAUCUGUGGCGCAGAUGCUGCCACAAGUGCACUCCUACCUUAGUCAGCUGACGCAGCCUCACUGCCGCCUGGUGCCGGCCGACAACAUCAUCUCUUACCUGGACACGAACUUGAUGCUGCUCUACCCGCGUCUGCACCCGCUCAACCUGCGCCGAGUGCUCGAAUCCAUCUGGGUGCAGGUGCUGAAGACGGUGGUCGACAACACCACCCGCUACAGCAAGAAGGAGACGGAGUAUUUCGCCACAAUCUCGAGCCUGGUGAACGCGCUGGUGGAGUUCAUCAACGGCGACGACAAGGGCUUGGCGAUGGAUGCCAUUCACACAGACACCUACAAGAAGUUUGUGCACUGGGUCAACAUCUACAAAUGCGACCCUGAACGCCUGAUCGCCAUGUACUACGCGCGUAAAUACGACCUUCAAGAGGAGCUGGACGAGUCGCUGCACGGCAAGCUCUCCACCAAGGCCUUCUUCGUCGACAACGUGCUGCGUGUGGAGGUGCUCAACGCGCGUGGAAUCCGGCCGUCCGACCCAGACACCUGUGACGCCUACGUGAAGGUUCAGAUUCUGCCUGAGACGCUGGCGCCCAAUAUGGAGAAGGUGCAAACCAAGGUCCAGAAGAAGACCAUCUUCCCGCUCUUCGACGAAGUCUUCGAGUUCUCUGUGGACCGGGAGCGGCUGGUGGCGCGCGACUGUCACCUGCUCUUCACGGUCAAGGACCAUCACACGCUGGUGGAGUCUGAGCUGCUGGGCGAGGCCGUGUUGCCGCUGGCCCGGCUCCAGAACGUCGCCUACAGCCAGGCGCGUCACGUGGACCAGCAGCUGCUCAGUCUGAUGCCAGUCCGCAUGAGAGCCGAACAGCAGGAGAUCUUCCGGGCGCUAGUGGACAAGUCCUCCUGGAGCCCGGUGGCAGCCGAGUUCGUCCGCAAGCUCAACAAGCGACUACGGCGAGACAGCGCCAAUCCCGGCGGGCCCACCAGCACCAUCUCGCGGCGACUCUUCAGGUCCUAGCCGGCCGCCGGCCACGCGCCACCCACAUCUGUGAUAUCCUCGUACCGAACAAUGCUCAUGCGGUGACGUAAGCGGCGCGGCCCGCCGUGCGUGCGACCGGUCUGCCCGACCAGUGGUGAAACCAAAGACGACAUUACUAGCCUGUAUCGAGCUUGUAAAUUCACCGAGUUCGACCUCGGUACGGUUCUGAGGCCGGAAGAAGUCGUCUCGCGUUCUGUUUGGUGAUUAUGUUCGUGAUUUGGAAUGUGCGCGUGUUUACUGUUUCUUUCAAUGCGCCAUCGAGAAAGAUGACGACGUCUGCAGCAAGCCGGGCUCCAGACAACAAGUAUUGAUGUACUUGAAAACGCAUUUUAUACAAAUGUAAAGAAAGUUCUGGCGUUUACUCGCUUAGACUGAAGUGCAGGUUGAGUUUUUUAAGUAGGGUGUUAGUACCUCUUCAGGUAUCUGUGGAGUGGGCGUUGCAAAUAGUCGGCAGUAUCCCGGCCUGAAUCACAAACAACUUACGCCGGCGGAGACCGUGAAAUUUCGACUCUUCAUCUUGCUUAUUUCUGCCCCUACAAGAAAAGUGUAGACGAUCAAAUAAUCCGCGCUUGAUGUGGCUGACGGCUGGGGAAAUUUGAACUCGAGGCAAUCGCAUCGAGUUCAAGGGCUGAGCAGGAGUACGUUAUUAGCAAACUUAAUGUGAAUUGACGAGGUUUCCCCACCUCCGAGCUGGAAAUGCCAUGCACGACAGAUUGCGCGGGUUUGCAAGGUAAUAUUUUCUUGGCGAACACGCUUGUCAAGGUUGACGAAUAACUAGGACCACGCCUGGCAGGGUUUAUCGUUUACAGCUUUGCGGAACGAUUGAGACGAGGCACAAGUGUCACGAAUUGACUAAUUGUUCGGGCAAUCGGUCGCCUGGUGUGUUGGUAUGUGCACAAGGUUUCGGCCGCUUAAUUCUCCAGCUGCUUGAAAAAUGUUGUUGGAGGAAUGUUUCACAUUUAAAAACAUUGAGGCGAGCAUCAGAUAGGAUGAAACAAGCUCACUUAUAAGCAUUGGUAUGCUUUUUAGGUGGAAAAGACUGCUCUGGACAGCACAAUUCUCUGUUUGUUAAAUAUUCCCCUUAACGCGUCAUGGUUUAAUUACGUCAUCGUACCUCGCACAACAUUGAUUAAGAGACAAUUGACGACUGUUAUAUCUUGAAAUCUUGCUUACAAACGCCAGAUAUGAAUGCCUCGACAAUUGUAUUUGUCUUCGCUUUGGUCGGCGCACGGCUUAUGGAAUGGCAGUAUUUAAAUGACGUUGUUAUGACCUCAUGAGUGCCAGGGUUACUUUGAAACAUUCUCCCCGAAAUACUCUCGACAUUUUCGCGGGCCUGCAGCUUAGAAACUAAGGUGGCCUAGGUCCUAAGUAGGGCAGGAUUGUGAACAGCACCGGAAGAUGUUCAAGAUAGCUAUUUCAGUUCAAAGCCCCAUAUAAAUGUGGAAUACUCACUUAACAGGUGCACAUGCAUGCUGCAGUGACAGAGUUGUACCGACUGUCUCACUGGUUUCAGGACCGAAAAUAUGCCUCAUGAGAUUGGAGCUUCUGUAGAAUCGUUUGAAGUCCAGUAACGGACCACCCUGCGGACGUGAUGCAAACCGCCCAAAUCAGCAUAAACAUGGCACGUAUGCAGACCGUUUGUACCGGGUGACGUAGCACGUGUGCAUGUGUGUGAAAAUGCAAAGCUAUAACGACCGUCUCGUCGAUUUCGAGUCCGAAAUUACGCAUUAUAAGACCGGAACUUCUGCUUAAUUGCUCCAAGUCCGGUGACGGACCUCCCUCCGGGCUAGUUGAAUAUCGGCCAAAGCGGUACAAGCCUGGCACGUAGGCACGCAUGUGAAAUAUGGAGACACGUGCCCAGCAUGUCCACCUCUCGGCAGCUCUCUUGACUGCAAGUAUCACCCAGGCACGACCAAUCAGCCGUCGCCGGCUAUGA